CGAGCUUCAGAAGCUUGGGGGAGCUUGGGCCCGGGAUCGCUGCCCCCGCCGCAAUCCCCCUGUAGCCAAUGGAAUUCACAGCAAUAGGUUCCGACGUCAGCAGUUGCUCCCCCGCAAAAAACAACCUGACCCCUCCAACCCCCAGAUCGCCCGGGCGACUCGGCGCCGCAAUUGGAAUUGCAAUUGCAUCGACGCCGCCUCGAACAUGUCCAAGGCGGCCGCUUUCCUGAACGACCCACCGGCGGCCGACGACCGCCCCAGCUUCGAGACCAUCAUCAAGCACGGCCACCAGGAUCUCGUGCAGGCCGUCGCCUUCAACAACCAUGGCGACCGCUGCGCCACCGGCUCCGUCGACGGCAAGAUCCGCGUCUUCAACCGCCACAAGGACGGCGCAUGGCGCUUAUGCGACACCUGGGGCGCCCACGCCAGCGAAAUACUCGAGAUCCAAUGGCUGCCGACCACCGUCUACCCGAACCUGCUCGCCUCGCUCGGCAUCGAGGGCCGCUUCAAGCUCUGGGCCGAGGACCCCGCCGCGCCGCCCGGCCGCCGCUUCUCCGAGUCGACCCGUAACGGGCCCCAGCUGACCAUUCCCGCCCGCUCGCUCCAACUCUACGGCAGCAACGGCGCCGUCUACCCCCCCAACCCCCCGCCGCCGCCCACAUCCGGCUUUGGCAGCGUCGCGCCCGCCGCGCCGCCCGCGCCCGAAACCAGCACCUCCUCUGGCGUGCCCAUGGCCAAGCCGGCCUUCGAGACCCGCAACGCCCGCUCGCCCUACCGCUCCUUCUCGCUCAAGCACCUCGACGACUCCCGCCUCACCUACCUCGCCCUGCUUUCCGCCGACGGCACCCUGACCGUCUACGAGAACGACCACAUCGAGAACCUGGCCUCUUUCACCCAGCUCGACGAGUUCUCCACCACCACCCCAUCCACCACCUCCUCCUUCACCACCGCCGCUCCCGGCACCACGACCGCCGCUACAUCGGGGAGCGCAGCCGGCGGGACAACCGAAGAAGACACCGACCCCUCCUCCACCACCAGCACCGCCGCCCCCACCACCACCUCCACCGCCGCCGCUGCUACCGCCCUGCCCCCCACGGGCCCCAAACCAGCCGCCCGGGGCGAGGAGACCUCGUUCCGGGUGCGCUUCGACCCGAACCCGGAGGUGUGCUACACGGCGCUGCGCGCGGGCGUGCCGAGCGACGCGCUGGGCCUGGUGGUGGCGGUCAUGGACGUGGUGCGCGUGUACCGCACGCGCGACACCAUCCGCGCCACCCUCGGCAUGGCCGCCGCCGGGAAGGGCUUCUACCUGGCCGCCGAGGUGCCGCGCGGCGUGCACGGCGGCCUGGUCCGCGACGUCGCCUGGGCCCCCGGGAACAUCCGCGGGUACGACGUCGUGGCGACCGCCUGCCAGGACGGCUGGGUCAGGGUGUUUCGGCUCGAUGCCCUGCUUCCGCAGGCUGCUGGCGCCGGCGCUGCUGCUCCCGCUGCGGGUGCUCGUGGGGGUGGGGGUGGGGGAGAUGCGGGUGGGCAUGGGGAAGGGGAGGAGGCGGAGGAGGGGCCGGCGUGGGGGAUGGGCAGGGUGAAGCGGCAUGCGGAGCGGCGCAGGCUGGACGGGGAGGACGGCGCGGUGCGGGCCGCGCUGAUGGCGUCGUCGGGGAUUCGCGCGGGCCUGGAUCACCAGAGCAGCAGCGGCGGCGGCAGGGCGGGGCCGGAGAGGAAGGACGGCACCACGGCCACGGCGGCGGCCAUGGCGGCGGCGGCAACGCUGCCCGGCCAGAUCCGGCAUGUCAUGACGGAGAUCUCGCGCAUGGACAGCCACCACACGCCCGUCUGGCGCGUCGCGUUCGACGACGACGGGCAGAUCCUGGGCAGCGUCGGCGACGAGGGCAAGCUCGUGUGCUACCGCCAGAAGCCCGACGGGUCCUGGGCCAAGAGCACCGAGAUGGCCAUCGUCAAGAUGAAGAUGGCGGCGCCCUGAUGGUGCGGGGCGAGUGUCUGUCUGGCUUUGGAUGGAUGGCGUUCCAGCCGUGAGGGCUGAUACGAUGUUCCCGCGGUCUCGUCUCGUCUCUCCUGUGAAGUGAGCGGAGGUUGUGAGCUGAGCUCCAGUCGCAACGGGUGGGUUCUCCCGUCGACCGAUUCAGGGACGGAGGGAACAGAACCCGCGGGGCCCGCUUCCGGCCUGAAAAU